GAAAUGGGGUCAUCAACUCUCUACUCUCAAAUCACCACCAACAGCGCGAAGCCUGAGUUGAUUCUGCAUCUUAUUCUUCUCCCGAAUUUCAAAACCCACGCUGGAGUUUAUGGUUCUUCAACCAUCUUACAUUUCUUACUCAAAGUUCUUACCAUUGCUGAGGCAAACUAAGUCUGUAAACGAAGGCCUCCAAACCCAUGCCCAGCUAACUAAACUUGGAUUAUCCCAGGAUCCCAAACUCCGUAACCAUUUGAUAAAUUUCUAUUCUAAGUCUGGAGUUUUUUCUCAUGCCCGCAAGCUGCUUGAAGAAAGUCCUGAACCAGAUUUGGUUUCUUGGUCCUCGUUGAUAUCCGGGUAUGCUCAGAAUGGCCUUGGGGAAAAGGCCCUUUUGGCCUUUCACGAGAUGCAGGCCUUGGGCGUUAAGGGGAAUGAGUUCACCUUCCCCAGCGUGCUCAAGGCAUGUGCAAACACCACCAAUUUUGUGCUCGGGAAGCAAGUCCAUGGAAUUGUAGUGGUAGCUGGGUUUGAAUCGGAUGUUUUUGUUGCAAAUACUCUAGUGCUUAUGUAUGCAAAAUGUGGUAGCAUUUUAGACUCCAGGAGGUUGUUUGGGGACAUCCCUGAGCGAAACGUGGUUUCUUGGAAUGCUUUGUUGACAUGUUAUACUCAAAGCGAUCUUUUUGGGAAAGCGAUGGGAUUGUUUCAGGAAAUGAUUGUAGGUGGAAUUAGGCCGGAUGAGUAUAGUUUGUCAACUGUAUUGAAUGCUGCCACAGGUCUAGGAGAUAUUGGUCAAGGCAAGAAGAUUCAUGGCCAUUUGAUAAAGCUUGGGUAUGAGGGUGAUCCAUUCUCAUUGAAUGCACUAGUAGACAUGUAUGCAAAAGGAGGAGAUCUUGGAGGUGCAAUAAAUGUUUUCAUUAAUGUGCCGGAACCUGAUAUUGUUUCUUGGAAUACUCUUAUUGCUGGUUGUGUAUCUCGUGAACGUCACGUUUGGGCCUUGGAACUGUUAGAUCGGAUGAAAAGUUCCAGGGUGAACCCUAAUUUGUUCACCAUGUCUAGUGCUCUUAAAGCUUGUGCAGCAUUAGGUGUCAAGGAAUUAGGAAAACAGCUUCAUGCCAAAUUGAUAAAGCUGGAGACUAUGAAAGAUCCCUUUGUGAAUGCUGGCCUCAUUGACAUGUACUGCAAGUGUCGUUUGAUGAAGAGUGCUGUAACUGUUUAUCAUUUGAUGCCAGAAAAGGAAUUGGUCGCAACAAAUGCAUUGAUGUCGGGACUCUCACAGAAUGGGGAGAUAAGGGAAGCUCUCACCCUGUUUCUGGAGAUGCAUAAGCAAUGUAUGGAAUUUAACCAGGCUACUUUUCUAGCAGUGCUUAACACUAUUGCUGACUCGGAGGCUACUAGCAUCUGCAAGCAAGUUCACACGCUUAUUAUGAAGUCUGGUUACCAAGCUGAUACUUUCAUUAAAAACAGCCUUAUUGACUCGUAUGGAAAGUGUAGCCAGGUUCACGAUGCUGCUAGAGUUUUUGAAGAAUGCCCAAAUGUGGAUCUACCAUCUUAUACAUCAUUAAUGACGACAUAUGCUCAACGCGGACAAGGUGAAGAAGCUUUGAAGCUCUACUUGAAGCUACUAGAAAUGGAUACUAAGCCGGAUUCGUUUGUUUGCAGUUCUCUUCUCAAUGCUUGUGCGAAUUUGUCAGCGUAUGAGCAGGGGAAGCAAAUUCAUGUUCAUGUCUUGAAAAUGGGGUUCAUGUCAGAUGUCUUUGCUGGGAAUUCACUUGUCAACAUGUACGCCAAAUGUGGAAGUAUCGAGGAUGCUGGUCAUGCUUUCUCUGAGGUUCCAGAGAGAAGUGUGGUCUCCUGGUCUGCGAUGAUUGGUGGGCUAGCACAGCACGGCCGGGGUGAAGAGGCCCUCAAUUUGUUCAACGACAUGUUGAAAGACGGUGUAGCUCCCAAUCAUAUAACAUUAGUCAGUGUCCUCUCUGCGUGUAAUCAUGCCGGUCUAGUUGAUGAAGCUCAAUGGUAUUUUGAGACUAUGAAUGAGCGAUUUGGCAUAGAACGAACGCAGGAGCACUAUGCUUGCAUGAUUGAUGUCCUUGGCCGAGCUGGUAAGUUGGACAAAGCAAAGGGCCUCGUCAAUAGCAUGCCGUUUGAAACUAAUGGCGCCAUUUGGGGGGCACUUCUUGGAGCCGCCAGAAUUCAUAAGGACGUAGAGCUAGGAAGACAUGCUGCUGAGAUGCUCUAUACUCUCGAACCAGAAAAGUCGGGUACACAUAUUCUCCUGGCUAAUAUUUAUGCUUCAGCAGGAUUAUGGAAAGACGUUCGUAAGGUGCGAAGAUUAAUGAAAGACCGCAAAGUGAAGAAGGAACCGGGGAUGAGCUGGAUGGAGGUGAAAGAUAAGAUUCACACAUUCAUUGUUGGAGAUAGAAGCCAUCCUAGAAGUGAAGAGAUAUAUUUGAAACUUGCGGAGCUGGGGCAUCUGAUGGCCAAAGCCGGUUAUGUUCCUUUGUUAGACACGGACCUCCAUCACGUUCAAAGUAAAGAAAAGGAAAUUCUCCUCUCCUACCACAGUGAAAAGCUUGCUGUGGCUUUUGGACUGAUAGCUACCCCAUGUGGAGCUCCUAUCAGGGUGAAGAAGAACCUUCGAAUCUGUUUGGACUGCCAUACGUCGUUCAAGUACAUCUCUAAGAUAGUGUCGAGAGUGAUCAUCGUUAGAGAUAUCAACCGUUUCCACCACUUCAGGGACGGGUCUUGUUCCUGUGGGGAUUAUUGGUAGUGUUGCUCGACUUCUCGUGCUGCUGAAGAAGCAUGUUAGGGUUCUCAGUUUCUUGGAUGAUUCAGGUGGAAUAAAAGAUGAGGUACCAAAUUUGUUAUUUUAGUUCUGCACAUAAUAAGCAUGCAUGCUCAAUACUAUUUGCUAGGGAAUGUGUUGAUAAACUCUAGAUGCAGAAGAGUGAUCGAUCUAUUUAGUUGAACAAAAGAAAUAUAUAUAUAUAUAUAAAAGCCAAUUUUAAUUCUUCUAUUAA